GAAGGCAGCAUCACAGCCCCACCGCCUCGGCUGGGAGGAUACAACGACCAGGCUGCCGUUGCCAACGAUGCAAUGCCUCGUUUUACGGAUGAACCCUGGGCAUAGGCACCUUCCGAGUGCCGCGGUCACCCCAAAGAGGCGGCACCACCCUCGUCUUCUGUGAUAAUCUGAGACAAGCUUCAGUAGAGAGCACCGAAGGACCCAAGGUACCCGGUAGACACCGGACUCGGGGCUUUAUGUUUACCGUAGAGAAGCUGGAGAGGAAGCUGGAGCCAUGGGUUUCUCCUUCAGCCUUCGAUGAACUGAACUAAGCUGGACCCACGCGACUCAGCCAACCUGCCCCUGCCUACAGUGGGGGUCCCCCUCUCCCCAUCGCCCUCUCCAGCUAUGGCAGGCUUCAAGCGGGGCUAUGAUGGCAAGAUCGCUGGCCUGUAUGACCUGGACAAGACGCUGGGCCGUGGCCACUUUGCUGUCGUCAAGCUGGCGCGCCACGUCUUCACCGGGGAGAAGGUGGCGGUGAAAGUGAUCGACAAGACUAAGCUGGACACCGUGGCCACAGGCCACCUUUUCCAGGAAGUCCGCUGCAUGAAGCUGGUCCAGCACCCCAACAUUGUCCGCCUGUAUGAAGUGAUAGAUACUCAGACCAAGCUUUACCUCAUCUUGGAGCUAGGCGAUGGAGGGGAUAUGUUCGACUACAUCAUGAAACAUGAAGAGGGCCUGAAUGAAGAGCUGGCUAAGAAAUAUUUUGCCCAGAUUGUCCACGCUAUCUCCUACUGCCAUCGGCUGCAUGUGGUGCACAGGGACCUCAAGCCGGAGAAUGUGGUGUUCUUUGAGAAACAAGGGCUGGUCAAGCUCACUGACUUUGGAUUCAGUAACAAGUUUCAGCCGGGGAAAAAGCUGACAACCAGUUGUGGAUCACUGGCGUACUCUGCUCCGGAAAUACUGCUGGGUGAUGAGUAUGAUGCUCCAGCCGUAGAUAUCUGGAGUCUCGGUGUGAUCCUGUUCAUGUUGGUAUGCGGCCAGCCGCCCUUCCAGGAAGCUAACGACAGCGAGACCCUCACCAUGAUCAUGGACUGUAAAUACACUGUACCGGCCCACGUCUCCGCCGCCUGCAAAGAUCUCAUAGACCGUAUGCUUCAGAGGGAUCCCAAGCGACGGGCUUCCCUGGAGGAGAUCGAGAGCCAUGCCUGGCUGCAGGGGGUCGACCCAUCCCCAGCCACCAAGUACAACACUCCCCUGGUGUCCCACAAGAACCUGUCGGACGAGGAACACAACAGCAUCAUCCAGCGCAUGGUGCUAGGAGACAUUGCUGACCGCGAGGCCAUAGUCGAAGCCCUGGAGACCAACAAAUACAACCACAUCACAGCCACAUACUACCUGCUGGCAGAGAGGAUCCUGAGGGAGAAGCAGGAGAAGGAGGUCCAGACCCGCUCCUCCAGCCCCAGCAACAUCAAGGCACAGUUCAGGCAGUCCUGGCCCACCAGAGUUGACAUGCACCAGGACAUAGAAGACAGCCUGGCAGCGUCCUCCAUCUCCCAUGCUGGGGGCCCCCAGUCCCCAGCCCGCAGCGCAGAGAACCUGCUCAACGGACAUCGCUCCAAAGGCCUGAUGGACCUGGGCAGACGAGAGGAAACGGUGACGGACUCUGCAGGACUGUCAGCGCAGGGUGCCUGUGCUGCUGCCUCAGGGGCCACUUCUGGGUCUGGUUCUGGGACCAUCAGGGCCCCUGCACCAUCCACCUCAGCAGCAGCCAAGCAGCGAACCUGCCUGUUCAGGGUGGAGGAGGAUGAGGAGGAGGAGGAAGAGCAGGAUCCGUCUCCCCUCCCGACCCAGGUGGUCCUGCGCCGUAAGCCGCCCUCCAUCACCAACCGCCUCACCUCGAGGAAGAGCGCCCCGGUGCUCAACCAGAUCUUCGAGGAGGAGGGGGAGUCGGACGACGACUUCGACAUGGACGAGGGCCUGCCGCCCAAACUCAGCCGCCUCAAGAUGAACAUGGCCGGAAACGCCGCCAACCUGAGCUCCGGGGCCGGCUCCUCCUCGUCCCCGGGGUCCACGCAGAAGCGCUACCACCGGCGCAAGAGCCAGGGGAGGGGGUCGUCGUGUUCGAGCUCGGAGACGAGCGACGACGACUCAGAGAGCCACCGGAGGCGCCUGGAUAAAGACUCGGGCUUCGGUUACGGCUGGAACAGAAGGGACAGCAGCGAGGGGCCGCCUGGCAGCUCGGGGGGCAACGGGGGAGGCAGCAGCUCAGGGCAGAGUAAACCCCCCGGAGAGGGAGGGGGGACCUCUGGUCCAGACAGGGGGAGUCCUCCUGGAGGGGGCGGGAACGGAGGAGGAGGGGGUGGCGGUGGUGGAGGGGGGAGCGGGGGAGGAGGAGGGGGUAACAAAGGACAAGACAGCCCCUCCAGUUGUUGUAACAACAGUAGCACUACUAACCCCUCCCUCAGCUCUCUGCCCCGCUCGUCCCGCACAGCCAGCCGCAGCACCGAGCUGGUGGAGAGCCUGAAGCUGAUGAGUCUGUGCCUCAGCUCCCAGCUGCAGCACCACCGCGGGGGGCGGGGCAGUCGAGGCGGCGGAGGUGGAGGUGGUGGAGGAGGAGGGGGCAAGUUCAUCAUAGACUCUCGCAGCCUCACAGGAGGGAGCGUGAAAAUCCAGGAGAAAUCAGCCUGGAGGAUGUGCAUCGGCUCCACCGGGAGCCUGGACACCAUCACCCUCCCCACCACCGCCCUGCCUCGCACCCACGCCGCGCAGCACCACCACCGCAAAACGGCGCCGCACGGCCCCCCCGGCCUGCAGGCAGGGCCGGGCAGCAGGGACGCUCACAGCGACCUGAGCGCGUUGAAAAACGGCGUGCUUCAACUACCUCUGUGUGAGAAGACCAUCUCUGUCAACAUCCAGCGGGGCGGGGGCUCCAGGGAUGGCCUGCUCUGUACCUCAGCUCCGGCCAGCUGCUGCCAGGUCAUCUGAAAGCCCCGCCAGCCCUCACCCACCACAACCAGCUGAAAACCAAGCUCCUCCCCCUACGUUCACCUUGUCUCUCGGCACAUCAUCAUCCCGUUCACUUCCGUUUGAACACACUACUCCUCUCUGUAGCUUUGUCUUGUGUUUAGCAGCUAGCUGACCUCACAUCAGCCAGCGUCUUAGCUCUCAGCGCAGCGUCACUGUCACUUUGUUCGAUUAGUUCCGUGCUCUGCUUACUCUUCGUAUGUCUGAGGUGCAUGUUGUUUGUGAUUGUUUUUAACAUUUCUUAUUAAUUCUUUCAUUUCAUAAUUGUCGUAUGUCCCCGACUGCCCUUUAAAUGAGUGCUCUAAUAUUGUUUUUCCAUCUUAAUAACAGAAUGCUGGGUUUGAUUUAAUAACUGGGUAUGGAAUGGAAAACAUUUCUUUUUAGCUACACUGGAGUACUGCGCAGGAAGUAAAGCCCACCAAACAACAUUUUGAGAAAAAUGUUUUAAUGUUCUGAGCAUGAAGUCAAACAUGAGUAAGCUGUAUUGGUUAUCAUAAUUGAAUGAGAUAAAAGUCUUAGUAAUGUAAGAAUAAAUCAGUAAUCCAAUGUUUUUAAUAAUUGAAGAAUAUAUUUGAAAUGUUAUAUUUUUUGUCUUUAUUUGACCAGACAGGAAGGUGAGCAACCACCGCACCCAGAAAAGUUUUUUAACAUUUUGAAAUUAUAAUUUUGUGAGGGCAAAAGUAUUAAUAUUUUAAGACUAAAGUCUUAAUAACACAAGAUUACAGAGGAGAAAUAUAUAUUUUAUGCUAAUAUUGUCACUGGCUCAUAAAGUUGUGACUUUAUUCCACUGAUGACUAAAAUUAUAACUUAAUUGUUGUUUUUGCUAGUAAAAAUACCUUUUUUUAAACCUAACUUUCUUCAUGUAAUAUUUAACUCUCAAAACACUGAAUUUUUUUCUCAAAAUAUUGCUUUUUUAUAGUAGAAAUGUGUCUUUGUUUCCUGCAGCAGCCUGAUGCUGCGCUGUGGUUGCAGUGAGAGCAGCUGUAGAGAACUGUUGGAGUGGUUCCAGCACUGUACUGUAGCAGGCAGCUGACAGGAGGAGGAAACAGUAGCUCUCUAUGUUAAUACAAAUACACUCCUGCAAACAACAUCCUCCCCUCCUCCCUUCACCCCCCCCCGUCAGCUAACAGCUGGAUUAAAGUGGAUUAUGAAUCCAUGCAGGUAUCUUUGACCACUUCUGUCAAGGUUUUCAUUUUGACUCCAGUCUGGACUCCGUAUUGCACUCAGACAAUCUGUUUUAUGUUGUUUUUAGUGUUGUUUUUUGAACAAUAAAUUGUGCUAGAGUAAAUUCAGCUCCAUGCACUCACAACAUAUUCUCUGUCAGGACCCCUUUAAAUGUGUGUUCAUAGAGACGCACAGUUUUAACUUAAUGAACGGGACGGCAAGAGAAGACCUGGUGGUUCUGUUGAAGUGUGUGCACUCCUCUGUGGCCGCGAACAGGUGAUAAUAUUGAUACUGUAGCAAGAUGAUGCUGAUCACCAACAAGUUUGGAAAUAUUACUGCUGACCAUAUAUUUAAAAUGAGGUUAUUUUUUUAAUCCACAUGUCAGUGCGUGGCUGUCGUUGCUGGUAGAGAACAUUAGUUGUGUCUGGCUCUCUGUGGAACCACAAACACACUAACAAUACCCCGAGUAGUCUGUUCUGUUUUGACCUCUGCUGGCUUCCUGUGGUCCCACCUGCACCCACGUUUCACCCAAAGCUUACCGCACACAUGGGUGCAGCGCGUGGACCUGUGUAUCGAGUAUGUAUAUACAGUAUGUUGAAAAAGUAAAGUUUAUUUUUAAAACUUGUACAUUUUUUUGAGCGACCUGCUGUUUAAAAGGGGGCCUGUGUGAAAUGUGGUUGGUUGUGUUCACCCGGUAAAUCGGGAGGACCUCGCCUGUCUGGGGAGAGAGAGCUUGUGACUCGCAGCUUCAAAGGAGCUGGCCAAGAGAUGAACAAAUGAGACGGGAAAGGGGAAAUGGGGAAAUUCUUUAAGGGCAUUGGCAAUAAGCUAUACUGUGUGUUGCAGCUAUCUGUACAGAAACAUUUUCAUUUGUUUCAUUUUUGAAAUUCCAAACUUGUGCAGCCAACCCCGUGUCUAGACCGCAAGCGUCACCCAAGCUCUGUUUUCACUAAUGCAUAUGAAAAAAAUGAUAAAAGUUUAUUCAAAUGAUAAUUUAAUAAUUCAAUUAAAUUCUAUUAAAGCCAUUACAUUUGAAACAAAGAACAGCCUAGGUUGCAAAGUGAAGAUAAAUAUAUCCAGUGCCUUUUUAUUGGGCAUCAACCUCACGUUUAUGUGCUUAUUUAAAAAAAAAAAAAAAAAAAAGACUUGAAGCAUAAAUAAACAGACAGACAGACAGCUACAUAGAUUAAGAUAAGAGUAAGGAAACUCAUCGGCUACGCUUACGGCCCAUACACGGGGUUACGAUGGCCACAUUGGACUGAAAAGAAAAAAAGGAAAGCUGAUGUUUUAAAUUUUUUAUUUUUUUUUUGCUCUCUUUGGUUGUUGUCUGAGUUUUCUUUUAAAAACCAAAUGUAAAUAGAGUUGUAAAUAUGGUGCUCUUUAUCUAGAACAGCCGAGUGAAACCCUUUGGUGCAUAGCUGUACAGUAAUCUAGCCUUAUGAUAAUAGUAAUACUGUAUGGGUGUCUCAGCUAAAAAUAAAGCCGUGUGAGAAAAACGACACGAUGCUAUUCAUACUGUCAGGUCUCUUUGACUGUCGUCUUACUCAGCUGUAUCCAGGUGAAUGACGUGCAUGUGUUUCAAUGUUUGACAUUCAAUGACACAGAGGAGAGAGAAUCAGCCACAGAAAUGUUACUGGACCAAAAAAAACAACAGAAGAGAAAAAAAGAAAAAAAAAAGAAAAAAAGAUGAGUUGGAACUGACAGAAAUAUUCAGUGUAUUAUUCUGUAGUUGAUACCUGUUGUCAGAAGUUACAUAUAGCUAUGGUAAUAUCCAAAAAUAAAAUGUGGAAUACUGUCUCAUA